GUCAUUCAUUCAUUCUAUUUCUAGUUGAAAAGCUUCGAAUUUUGUUUCAGCGCACAGAGAUUGAAUUGAAUUGUGUGAAGAAAGACGAUGUUUUUGGUGGAUUGGUUUUAUGGGGUUUUAGCAUCGCUCGGGCUAUGGCAGAAGGAAGCCAAGAUCUUAUUCUUAGGACUCGAUAACGCUGGCAAAACCACCUUGCUUCAUAUGCUCAAAGAUGAGAGACUAGUCCAGCAUCAGCCAACACAGUAUCCCACAUCAGAGGAGUUGAGUAUUGGGAAGAUCAAGUUCAAGGCCUUUGAUCUUGGGGGUCAUCAAAUUGCUCGUAGAGUCUGGAAAGAUUACUAUGCCCAGGUAGAUGCAGUGGUCUACUUAGUUGAUGCUUACGACAAAGAAAGAUUUGCCGAGUCGAAAAAGGAGCUGGAUGCUCUGCUCUCUGAUGAAUCCUUGGCCAGUGUCCCCUUCCUUGUCCUUGGAAACAAAAUAGAUAUUCCAUAUGCUGCCUCAGAAGAAGAGCUGCGUUACCAUUUGGGCCUGGCCAACUUCACCACAGGCAAGGGUAAGGUGAAUUUGUCAGACACGAGUGUCCGUCCCAUGGAAGUGUUCAUGUGCAGUAUUGUGAAGAAAAUGGGUUACGGGGAAGGUUUCAAAUGGGUUUCUCAGUACAUCAAAUAAUCUUAUUGUAGUAAGAGAUGGCUUGGUAUCUCAUUUCUUGAAGUUCGUUGUUUCUCUAGUUAUGAAUUGGAGGUGUUGUUGGUACGAAAUUGCAGCAUAUUUUAAAUUUUAAUUUAUAAAACUUGACUGGGAACUUCCUCCUUC